AUGUCGGAUGUCGAAGUUGGGCAGACGAUUCGGCUCACCGACGGCCGCAAUGCGAUUGUUCGAUAUGUCGGACAAACCCAUUUCGCUGUGGGCGACUGGAUAGGUAUCGAGCUUGAGGAUGAUGGGGGAAAGAAUGACGGUUCCGUCCAAGGCGAGCGCUACUUCGAUUGCUCACCGGGAAGAGGCAUGUUCGUCCGGCCCAAUACCGUAGCGGCCGUGCUUCAGCCUGCUCCGCCUACUAGGUCUGCUGCCCCCCCUCAAAGAGGGCCGCGAACAGGCACAGCUGCUAGACGACCAAGCUCUGUGACGGGACGACCGAGCUCCGUAGCGGGACGAUCAAAUUCUAUGACGGACCCUUCGACGGGGACGGGCAAACGAAUGAGCUUGAAUGCGCCCAGCCCGAGUCCGGUACCUAGGAGGUCUUCGUCUUCUCGGCCGUCUAGUAUGGUGAGGGUGCGUACAGCUUAUAUAGCUUAUACUAAUAUAUCCCCGCCACUACCUUCAGCUGGUAAUAGAAGACAAGUAUCGACGCCUCCUAACGCACGGGUCUCUACUGCUCCUGCUCGUGCAUCUCGUUCUACUGCUGGGAGAGGUGGUAACGGAUCGGAUCUGGGCUCUCCCUUUAAGAGCGAUGGAGAACAGACGACAAGCCCCCUCACUUCUACGGGGCCGUCUUCGGCGACAUCUUCUAAACAACCAGCGAGCACAGCAAGCUCUAAAGCGCCUCCGAGUGCGGCUGCGUCUACUCGUACAUCUGCUACUAGCGCAGCUAGGGAGAAUGAGGACCUAAAAGCAAAACUGAAAAUCAAAGAAUUGGAGCUCAUUCAAGAGCAACGGGACAAGUUCGAAUCUAUUAAUAAAAAGAUCGAGGGAAAAUACCAGUCUACGGCACAGGAAAACUCCGCUCUACGGAAGCAAUUGAAGGAAGCGGAAGAACGACUAACCGUCAUGGAACUCGCAACGCUGGACCGCGAGAUGGCCGAGGAGACUGCCGAGGAACUCGAGCUCGAAGUAGAGGGUAUGUCUCCUGAUGAAAGAGCAAGUACGGGGUGGCUGCAAAUGGAACGACACAAUGAACGGCUACAGCAAGAAGAGGAGUCGAAAGCACAAAUCAAAGCACUUGAAAAGGACUUGGAAGAUUUUGAAGCCAUAAAGGAGCAGUAUCAAAUCGCUAAGGAGAAGCUGCUAGAGUCCGAGGCCCGUGCUGAGGACCUCCGACAGCAGUUAGAUGACAACGCGGGUGCGGAGAGCAUGAUCGAGCAGCUUAGCUACGAGAAGUUACAGCAGUCCGAACACAUCAAGGAGUUAAAGGCCAUGAUAGAGGAUCUCGAAGCACUCAAGGAGAUCAACGAUGAGCUUGAGGUUAACCACGUCCAGAAUGAGAAGGAAAUGCAAGAUGAGCUCGACUUUAAGGAUAGUAUCAUUGCCGAGCAAGGACGAAGAGCUUCUGAGAAGGACGACACCAUAGGAGAUUUGGAAUACACGCUAUCUCGAUUUAGAGAGCUCGUCACUAAUCUCCAGACCGAUCUGGAGGAUAUGCGUGCAUCCCACGCCGUUAACGAGGCCGAGUCUGAGCAACUUAAUAGCAAAUCGAGAGCGAUGAUGGAUCUCAACCAGAAGCUCCAGCUCUCAGCCGUGAAGACGCAGAUCAAGACCAUCGAUCUUGAGCUGCAGCGCAUGGACGCCCAGGAAGCGCAACAGCACCUCCAGAUUGUUAAAUUGUUCUUGCCCGAGAGCUACAAUACUGACAAAGAUUCCGUUCUGGCGCUACUGCGAUUCAGCCGGUUGGCUUUCAAGGCGAACUUGCUGCAUGGCUUCGUCAAAGAACGUGUCAACAAACAGCCGCACCCCGGCCUUGAAGAUGAUGCACUCGCCGGCUGUGACGCAUUGGAUAAGCUUACUUGGGUAUCUUCCAUGUGUGAUCGUUUUGUCAACGCUAUCAGUCACUGUUCACUGGAAGAAUUUGCCAAAUAUGAAGGCGCUUUAUACGAGCUAGAGCCUGUCGAGCGAGCUCUAAAUACCUGGAUCGAUGGCCUUCGACGUGACGAGCUGAAAGAGAAGCAGUGUGCCAGCGAGCUACAACGCACCAUUGCUCUUAUGACACAUCUGGGCGAGGUCCACAUCUCGCAAGGUCUAGAAAGCUUCGCAGAUGAGAUGCAGAUGAAGACGGUCUUGAUGCAAAGCCAUCUAGAGUCUGCUGCUACGGCAUUUAACAUAAUAAAAGAUAUGGUCCAAAGAGUCGUGCCUCCCAAUGGUGAUGAAGACGAACUUGCUCAACAUUUCGCGAAGAAAUCCGAAGCCGUCAUUACCCAGACACGUAGCGCUAAGGUGAUUAUUAGCAAGGCGGUACGAUCUCUGGAGGAUCUUAGAGCCAGGUCGCUGGCUCUUACUCCCGAUACUGCGGAGGCGUUUGAAGAGUGCGAGGCUGCAAGUCAAGAGCUUGCAGAAAUGUCUCGAAAGAUUGGCGUGGACCUUCAUAGGCUACUCAACGAGGAAGGCCGCGACGAGCCGUUCACAUACCCAGAGGUUCAGAGCGCCGUCCAUAAUACUAUUAUGACUGCAUUCUCGUCUGCCGAAUCCGAUCUCUUCUCAACUUAUCUCUCCAAACUUCGCACGCUUACUGGCCAAGUUACUGAUCUUGCUGCUGUUUGCGCCGAUCUAUCGCAGACGCAGGAGUUCGAACGCAGCCAGGCGCCAUGGCUCCUCCGCGCGCAGGAGCUUAAGGCACUCAAGACAAUCCCGAUUGAUGCCGAGGAAGAGCUGCGACAACUUAAGGAACAUUACAACGAAGCUCGCCGUACGAUCGCUCUGCGCGAUGAGAACCUUAGCACAGCUGCCCUCCGCAUCGAAACGCUCGAAGCACGUAUGCGGGACGCGAAUGCAAAAGCAUCUCGCAUGGCAGACCUUGAAGCGCAGCUCGCAGACGCGCAGAAGCUUGUGGAAAGUCUCAAGAAGGACAUCGAGCAGCAGGACCGCGAGGCCAAGACCCUCGAGGUUGACCGCGACAAGUGGAAGAAGAUCGCCGGUGAUAGUAGGGCGUUUGGCGACGAGACCGGCUCUAACGGUAGCAGGGCGAAGGCGGGCCAGGAGCGCGCGGUGGCCACAGCACGUGAGAUGGAUGCCCUUAAAAACGACAUCGCUAGCUUACAAGCUGCUAUUCGGUACCUACGCGAGGAUAACCGGCGCGCGCGCGCAACGGAACAGGCCCGACAUGAUUGGCUUGCGGAGCCUCUGCAGAAACCCGUCCCGGUUGUAGAACAGCGAAAGGCGCUUGUGGCAGCUGAAGGUAGGGAUGCGCUGGGCGAGCUCCUAAGGCUCGCGACAUCCGCUAAGGUCUACGACUUGAGCACCCUACCGAAAGACAAGAUGGCAUGGCGUCCCGCGAAGGCGACGCCACAGUAUCACGCUGCCAAGCAGGCUGAAGACUACGCUACGUGGAACAGCUGGCAAGGAUCCGUGAUCCAAAAGACGAGGGUGGUGCUCACCGCCGAACAAGGCAGGAAGAAACAUCAAGAGUCGGACCACGCGAAGAUGAUGCGCAAGGCCGCUGCGAGACUGCAGAUCCGACUCCCUGAUGCCGAUGGCAAAGUGAUUCCUGGCGUUGGUGCAAGAGAGGUCCAGAUCGUCGGGUCUAGGGAGUGGGAAGGGCUGCAGGGGAGACUUGCUGCGGCUAUGUAA